CACCUUCAAUUAAUGAUUGUCGGUGAUUGGAAAUGUUAGAUGUACAUACAAUAAAUAAAGUUCUGUAAUUCGUGAUAAACAAGAAUUAUUUUUAAAUGCUGUUAAUUUCAUCGCUCGAUAAGAGUACGUAAUACAUAAGAAAAGUACUGCAGAAUACAGUUGGAUCAGCAGGCACUGUAUUAAAAUUACGUAAACUCUGAAUUGAGGUUAACCUAUAAACGGAGAUUCGAGUGUAAGGUUAACGAUAUGUUCGUCGUUACGUUAAAAAGUAAACUUUCGAAAGAACUUACACGAUUCCCUGAAUGGUAAAAAAUUGACAGAAGCGUAUAAAAUAAAUGUAAAAUGUACAAUAAAUAUAUAUUUAGGCUAUUUCUAUUCGAAUGAUGGUUUAAUCGUAAAUGAAAUGAUAAAUUUAUUGCAAACGAAGGUAUUGAGAAGAAUAAUAAUAAGUUGAUGGUAAAAUUAUUAUUGACUCUUAGUCUAUUUAAAAUGGCAUCAAGUUGUAAAAAAAGCACGUAAAAGGAGAAUGGAUGCGUACGUGGCUAAAUAGGUGACUAAAUAGGAGAAAAGGCACGGGCACGGGCUCGGGCACGGGCAAGCGCACGCGCAACACACCCACACCCACACACACACACACACACACACACACAUAGUAUUUGUAAGAGGAGAACGGUGGUCGAGGCAAAGGAUCGAGAUUUGUCAAGGACCGAAAUUACGUGAUUACGUGAGAAUAUUCAUGGAAAAUCUGAUUCCGAGAGAAAUUUUUCAGGUCGUUUACUCGGAUGGGUUGCCAUGCGAGUAUCGAUCCGACGAAUGGAAUUGUAGUAGGCAAAGCAUAGUUGGACGAAAAGGAAUAUACGAGCGAGUUUUACCGAGAAUUCUCGAAGAGAGACGCGCGACGUUGCGUCGCUUGGAGCGUUUCAACGUCGACGUGGACGUGGAGGAGAACGAGUGGUCCGAGGUGGUACGACAAGAUUGUCGCUGAUAGCGCGAGAAAAUGUUGGAAAAGGCGAAAAGGCGAAAAGGCGAAGAGGCGAAGGAGUGUCGUAAAGAGAGGAGAGAAUGAAAGUAAAGAAGAAAGGGAGGAAAAUGGUGGAUAAGCGAGGAAAGGAAUAAUUUGGUAGCGAGUAGUGGUAGCUGGUAAAAGGAGAGGAGGAGAGUUAUGCGAAGAAGCGGAAGCACAAAGGGCGUUUUAUCAAAAUGGUGUUCGUCUCAAAACGCGUUCGUGACACCGGAACGCAGAAAAUUCCGCCGCGUACACGGACUUCAAUUGCCUUUACAUCCACAGCAAGUGGUUGGUUGGAUCGUGAUUUUGGUAAUCGUGGUAAACACGUUUGCGAUAAUAACGCCGCUUCUUGGUCCGAGCUUACGAUCAAUCUUCUCGAUCGUGAUCUCGGCGAUUUUCUUAACACAUUUUUUCUCUCACUUGACUGUGCUUCUGUUAGAUCCGGCGGAUCCGCGAGUCAGGUCUCAGCCUACAAACAAAAUCAUACCGGAAUUCGAUCGAGGAAAACAUUUGCACGUGAUCGAGAACGGCAGGUGUCAUCUGUGCAAUAUCACCACCGACAGCAAGAGGACCAAGCACUGUUCGAUCUGUAACAAAUGCAUCGUCCGAUUUGACCAUCAUUGCAAGUGGCUGAACAAUUGUAUCGGGGCUAGAAACUAUACAGCUUUCCUCGUUUGCUUGAUUUCCGCGAUUCUAGCCAGCCUGUUUAUCGCUGGUCUUUCCGCGACGGAACUGUUGCUCUCAUUCUCCCCUGACCGUUUUGCGAUGCUUCAGGUUUCGAAUGCGAGCGGACACGCCGUGCCGACGAUCACCCCAGUCUCCGAUGCGGUCUCCGUCCUACUCGUCUCGGCGAUCGGAAUUCUUUCCGCGAUCACGGCGAUACUUUUGAUUCACCUGUGCCUGUUUCACGGUUACAUCGCUUGCCUCGGUCUAACCACCUACGAAUACGUGCGAAAGAAACGGCAGAGAAACACGGUGACGACUGCAGCCGCCGUGGCGGUUGCCGCAGCCGCAGCUGCCGCCGCCGCAGCAGCAGCUACCGCGACCGUGACCGCCACCGCGACCGCCACCGCCACCGCUACCGCCACAGCGACCGCUACAGUUAUCGCGACCGCCAUCGCUACUCAAACCGUUGACACCUUGGUCGCGGCUAACUCGACCACCGCCGAACCUAUCGAUCUUUCCGACUCGAAAACUAUUCGACGCGACAUUCGUCGGCUCGUAUCCGCCGACAUGGAUUCUUGCUUGCAUUGCGACAGACGAAAUAGGCGGAUCGACGUCGAGAUCGACACAAGGGAAUCGUCGUCGAAUGAAAUCGAAACGGAAUCGUCGUUUCAUCGGCAACGGGAGGACCAAAGGAAAAACUUUCGAUUGUGUCUGCCGAAACGCGAGCACCAGUCUGAAUCAAACGACAAACCACCACGCGCAACCAUACCACCGUCCCAUGAUUCGGUUGGCAUCCGAGCCACCGGCUCCUCUUCGCCUUCGCCAGUUUCUUGCUGUUUUGCCGCUGCCAAUUCGAUAGCGGUGCAUUGUCGUUCCACCGGGCAGAAGAGGAACGAACAGAAGAAACGAUCAUCUACCGACGACCGCCGAGUCGAUUCGUUAGAUUCGUUACGCGUCUCGACCACUUCCUGCGAAACCGUCGAACGAAUCGGCAAAUUUUUACGAACUUAUCUGAAGAGGAAUCGACAUCGACGUCGCCGGCGGCGAUCCUCCUCCUCUGCCUCCCGUAGCAGUGUGUGCGCGUCAAAGGAAAACAUUGCGGUGGCGGCGGCAGCGUCGUCUACAGACGAUUCGAAUCAGUGUAGAAGAACGGAAAUCAAAAUGAAUCUCGAGAGUACCGUCUCGCUCGGCGAGCUUCUCGAAACGACUGCGAUUUCCGCGCCUCGACCACCACCGAGCAGACUUCCUCCGUUGCGUUAUUCUUUGAACGAACUUUCGGUCGCCGGCUCCUCGUAUACCAGACCUCGUCGGACUUUCUCCUUCCGGAAGAGAGCAAAAUUAAAACUGAACUCGCACGUGACACAGUCUAUAAGACUGUCUCCCAUCUUGGAAUCGGAAUUCUCCAAAUCCGUAACUCCGCGAUCCUCUUGUUCUUCUCCUCUUUCACCUUCUUCUGCCCGUUCAACGCGUUCUUCCUCCUCUCCGCGAAUCGAUCGAUUCGUCCCGUCUUCAUCGGGAAUCUGAGAUCCGUCCACCACCACCACCACCACCACCACCACUCUUCUAUCCCUUGUUUGUCUGAAAUUCGUUUCGAUCUUUUUCACGUUUCGUUCUGUCAAGUUCCUUUCAUGAAACUUUAUCGAUUCGUCAAAGAAAGAAAGCAAGAAAGCAAGAAAGAGGAUCUCGUUCGUAAAUAACCAGUUUUAAUACCGUUUUCGUA